UUUCACUCUGCUAUAUCCACCUCGCGAUGUCCACCUCACCCCCCGCCCCCCCAGCACUCGCCCAGUGGCAGGUUAAUAACGUCCCCCCGGCUGCCUACUACAUACCUGACUUCAUCACAGAGGAAGAGGAACAGUAUCUCAUCAAGAAGAUUGGACAAAGCCCACAGCCCAAAUGGAAGACAGUGGGCACAGGAAGAAGACUACAGUACUGGGGCGGUACCAUGUCUAAAACAGGUGUCCUUUUACCGGAAGCCCUGCCCGAUUUCCUUACCAAAUUUCCAGAUAUCAUCAGUCGUAUAGGAAAGUUUUUGAAAUUAGCUUCACCGGAUGGCCCCAGGCUGGAUAUCAAUCAGGUACUCGUCAAUGAGUAUAACCCAGGCCAAGGAAUCGCUCCACAUGAAGAUGGACCUGCAUUCCAACCCCUUGUUGCCACCAUCUCCCUCGGCUCCCAUACCGUGCUUGACCUCCACCACUACAUAUCUAGUACCUCCCCAUCACCUCCCAUGGUUGCCACCGUUUCUUCCACAGACAAAGACUCCGGAAGUUGCGCUCGCGCAGUCGCGGCCGUACCCCUGGCCCAUUUACUCGUCCUUCCACGAUCACUCCUCAUUCUCUCCUCAUCACUGUACACCUCGCAUCUACACGCAAUAGCGGCGAAGACGCAGGACUCAGUGAUGGCCGGGGGUGCGGAUGAUGGAGAUGUGGUAGCUGUUGCCAAUGCGGAAUUACUGGGCGACCCUGCAGUGAUGGAAAGUCUUCGGAAUGGAGGAGUAUGGGUGAAAGAGAGGGGUGUCCGCACAAGUCUAACUUUUAGGCACGCCCAAAAAGUGAUUAAAGGCGGGGCGCUAGGCAAAGUCAUGGGGAAUAUGAGGAGACCUUGAGUCAAACGCAAAACAUUAGCAUAGUAAUAGCAUAGCAUGACAUUUAAGUAAAGAAAAAAGGCAAUAAUGACUUACUCGUUAACCACCUAGACCAAGUCCCAGUUCAUCCAGCAUGUAUUGCAGCACAGUUCUGCCACUUCCUUG